AUGGGCACCGGGAUGGCAGGACCCGGCCGUGAUGCAGGUUUUAGCCUCAGGUGCAUCAAGGACAAGAAGGUCCCCAUUGGGGUCACUGUGGUGGUGGCCGCGCUGCUCCUGGCCAUCAUCGCGCUGGCGGUGAAGAAGUUCCCGUCCUGCCCCUCCUGCCCCGCUCCCGACCGCUCCCGCUGCCUGGAAAACGGGCUCGGGUACCGGCGGAAGUGCUUUUACUUCGUGGAGGACGAAGCGGAGUGGAACGGGAGCGAGCGCUUCUGCCUGUCCCUCGGAGCCCAUUUGGCCGCUGUGGACGCAUGGGAGGAGCUGCGUUUCCUCCUGCGCUACGGGGGCUCCCUGCACUACUGGAUCGGGCUCCGGAGGGAAGGAUCCGCUCCCUGGACGUGGGUCAAUGGGACCCUCUUCAAUGACUCGUUCCAAGUCCGUGGCAGGGGACAGUGCGCCUUCAUCGAUGGGGAUGGGAUCAGCAGUGACUGGUGCUCCCUGAGGAAGUAUUCGGUGUGCAGCCAUCCCGAGGGCUGGAAUCCCACCUGA